CGGCUGGCCGCCCGGGACAAGAAGGUGAGAGCUGGGAUUGUCUCCGUCCAGCUAGGUCAGCACCGGGUUAAAUUAACUGCCCAAGACACCUUAACUAUAAGAUCAUUGUACUCUCUUGGGAAAUAUGAAAAUAACAGGAGAUAGUCAUUGACUCUUGAGUUGAGCUUUAUAAUACCCUUUAACAGUUACAGGAUUUGGAAGCUGAAUCAAUGUUAUCGGAUGAGUUAGAGUCCAAACCAGAGCUGCUGGUCCAGUUUGUUCAGAACACGUCCAUACCAUUGGGACAAGGUCUGGUGGAAUCCGAACCUAAAGACAUCACUUGUCUGUCCCUGCUGCCUGUUACUGAGACCUCAGAAUGCAGCCGGCUCGUGUUACCAGAUGAUACUCCAAGUCCAACCAACUCCUGUAAGGAGGUCCCUUCAUCUGCUGUGUUGAGAAGCCUUCAAGUGAACCUGGGCCCUGACGGAGAGGAAACAAGGGCACAUACUGUACAGAAGUCCCCUGAGCUUUUAUCAACUCCAGAAUCUCCUAGCUUGUUGCAAGACCUUCAACCAAGUGACAAUACUUCUUUUAUCCUUCUUAACUUAACAAGAGCAGGCCUGGGCUCCUCAGCUGAGCACUUAGUAUUUGUUCAAGAUGAGGCAGAGGAUUCUGGGAAUGACUUUCUCUCCAGUGAUAGUGCUGACAGUAGCAUGCCAUGGUUCAUUCGGGUUCAGGAGUUGGCUCAUGACAGUCUGAUUGCUGCUACACGAGCACAGUUGGCGAAGAGUGCCAAAGCCAGUAGCAAUGGGGAAAAUGUUCACCUUGCUUCUGGUGAAGGGCAGCCGAAAGACUCUGGGUCCCUCCCUCACCUUCCUCAAGAGGAGAAGAGACUCCAGUGCACAGUUGAGGGUUGUGAUCGGACAUUUGUGUGGCCAGCACAUUUCAAGUACCACCUAAAAACACAUAGGAAUGACCGUUCUUUUAUUUGCCCUGCUGAAGGCUGUGGGAAAAGUUUUUAUGUGCUUCAGAGACUGAAAGUGCACAUGAGAACUCACAAUGGGGAAAAGCCCUUUGUAUGUCCUGAGCUGGGAUGUGGCAAGCAGUUCACUACUGCUGGAAAUCUAAAAAACCACCUUCGAAUCCACACAGGUGAGAAGCCAUUCCUGUGUGAGGCUGAAGGCUGUGGCCGUUCCUUUGCUGAGUACUCUAGCCUUCGGAAGCAUCUCUUGGUUCACUCAGGCAUGAAGCCCCAUCAGUGCCAAGUUUGCGGAAAAACUUUCUCUCAGAGUGGGAGCCGGAAUGUGCAUGUGAGGAAACAUCACUCAAGGAUGGGAGCAACAGGGAAUCGAGAACGAGAGCAAACAGCUGAGCCGCUAAUGGGCAGCAGUUUGCUUGAGGAAGCUUCAGUACAUAGUAAAAACCUGGUGUCUUUAAACUCACAGCCCAGCCUUGGGGUAGAGUCCUUGCAUCUACCAGAUACUAACACCAUCCUGGGAGUAGAGGAAGAGGUGCUUGCAGAAGGAGCUUCUCGUUCCUUGUCCUCAGCGCCAGAGGUGGUUCUGCCACAAUCACAUCAUCUGGUGCCCAUGUCUACUGGGAGACAGUCAUAUGAGGUUUCUGCCUUAUUACAGUAAAUGUACAAGAGUUACUAAAGCAAGGUGGUAUAUUAGAAAGAUGGACAUCAGAGCAAGUGUUAAUUCUUGGAAGAACUCGCCAAGUGCACGCAGUUGGGAUACAGGAUGCUUUAUUUUGGUCUGCCAGAACCGAAAUGAAACUGGGAUGCAGGCUAUGUCUCUGGCCUUCUUUCAUCUUCCUUGCACACAGAAUGAAUGUGGGAGUGUUCACUGCUUUGGGGCCUCUUCACACUUACCAUCUGAUGCAGAGGAGGAAUAAAGCACUGAAUGUGAACUGGU